CUCAACAAUUCCAUAUCCACCGUUAUGGCUCACUUGAGAAGCACAGAGAAAAGGCUCAAGAAGAAUCCAGAGAAAGUCACUUCCCUUUCUGCUGAGAUCGCUAAGCUCAUUCAAGCAGGGUAUGUCAAGAAGCUCUCGCAUGAAGAGACGGAACAGUCCACUGAAGCGUGGUAUCUUCCCUAUCAUCUUGUGUUCCACAAUGAGAAGGCAAGACUUGUCUUCAACUGCUCGUUUCGACAUCAGGGAGUGUCUGUGAACGACCAACUCCUCCCUGGGCCGACACUGGGACCAUCCUUGCUAGGUGUUCUUCUUCGGUUCAGACAGCACCAGGUAGCUGUGAGUGGAGAUAUCCGAGCAAUGUUUCAUCAGAUCCGUCUUCUCCCUGAAGAUAGACCACUCCUUCGCUUUAUCUGGAGAGAUUUGCGCAGCGAAGACCCACCAGACGUUUAUGAAUGGCAAGUGCUUCCAUUCGGAACGACAUGCAGCCCGUGCUGUGCAAUAUUUGCUCUGCAGCAACAUGCUCGGAAUCACCAACACAACCAUCCAGGACUUCUUAAAUCAGUGGAGCAAAGUUUCUAUGUGGAUAAUUGCCUAAAGAGUUUCACCGACAUAUCGGAGGCUGCACAGCAGGUCACUCAGUUGCGCAAACUGAUGGCAGAAGGAGGAUUUGACCUCCGACAAUGGGCAAGUAACCAACCAGAGGUGUUAGCCCAAGUCCCUCCUGAAGGAAGAUCGACUACCACAGAGCAGUGGCUAAGCCAGAACAGAGUUGAGCCACAAGAGCCUGCUUUAGGCCUGAGAUGGAACUGUGCUACUGACACCCUUGGCUAUCAACGUAGAAACAUCGAACAUACCAUAUUGACCAUGAGGACUGCAUAUCAGGUGCUAGCCAGCCAGUAUGACCCCCUGGGGUUUAUAGUACCGUAUACGACCCGCGCCAAGGUUCUCAUUCAGCAGCUAUGGUCCAAGCAGAGAAGCUGGGAAGACUCUGACUUACCACGAGCCCUGCAGGAGGCCUGGAAGCGGUGGGAGAGUGAGCUCCAACAUCUAGAUAAAUUAUCUAUACCACGCUGCUACACACCAAUCCCAACCACUGGUUCCCAGUAUGAUCUGCACAUCUUUUGUGAUGCCUCUGAACGAGCAUAUGGAGCAGUUGCUUAUGUCAGACUACAGACUAAAGAUGUCAUUCUCACCUCGUUCAUUAUGGCAAGAUCAAGGGUAGCUCCAAAAAGGCAACAAUCCAUGCCUCGCUUGGAGCUCUGUGCAGCAUUAGCUGGAGCUCAGCUUGCCAAGGUUUUGAAGACAGAGAUGACCCUCCCUCUUCAAAAGACAACCCUGUGGUCGGAUUCCACUACUGUUCUGGAGUGGCUCCAGUCAGACUCCUGUCGCUUCAAGGUCUUUGUUGGAACGCGUGUCUCAGAGAUACAGGAGCUGACUGAUCGACAAUCCUGGCGGUAUGUGGACACCCACAACAAUCCUGCUGAUGACAUCACCAGGGGGAAACCCCUUUUGGAACUUGCGGAGGACGGGCGCUGGAGGCAAGGACCCCCAUUUCUCAGGCAAAGUGCGGAAUACUGGCCAAAAAGACCGGAGAAAGAUUCAACCCUGACUUCAUCCGAACUAAAGAACAUCACCUUCUGUGGUCUUGCAGUAGUGCAAAGCGACAAUAAUAUUCCGGAUGCUUCUCUAUUCAAUACCUGGAAAGAAUUAGUAAGAGUCACUCAGCAGGCGGGACAGGAAGGACCAAGAGGUUCGACACACAGUCAGACAAUCAGCUCCCAAGAAGCUGAGUUUCUGUUGCUGAGAAGAUGUCAAGUUCAAACCUUUCCCGCAGACAUCAUGUCUCUUAAAACACAGAACGCAGUGUCAGCUAAGAGUCGUCUGGCGUGCCUCUCCCCUGAGUGGGACUCAACUACAGGGUUAAUCCGAGUUGGGGGUAGGCUGCGACGACUCCAGAACCCGGACCUAGAAGAGAUCCAUCCUAUUGUGCUGGACCCAAAACAUCAGAUAACUAAACUCCUCAUCAAGGACAUGGACGAACGUCUUCUGCACCCAGGUACAGAGCGAGUGUAUGCAGAACUUCGAAGACAUUACUGGAUUUUGCGAGGACGACAAGCAGUCAGGCACCAUCAGCAUAAUUGCCCAUCUUGUCAACGCUGGCGAGCUCAACCGACAGUCCCAAGGAUGGCAGAUCUGCCACCACAACGCCUCAGACUUCUCUGUCCACCCUUCCAUUCAACAGGUGUGGAUUGUUUUGGACCUUAUCUGGUCAAAGUGGGCAGAAGAUCAGAGAAACGGUGGGGUGUCAUUUUUAAGUGUCUUACAACUCGAGCAGUUCACAUCGAACUCCUCAACUCCAUGGAUGCCGAUGCAUUCCUUCUCGCUCUACGUCGGUUCAUUGCCAGGAGGGGAAGACCAAGAGAGGUACUGUCAGAUUGUGGGACCAACUUCCGAGGAGCCGAAAGAGAACUCAGGACAGUGUUUGCAGAGAUGGAACCUCAACUAAGAGAGCAACUGACAGAAUAUCAGAUUGACUUCAAAUUUAACCCUCCAAAUGCACCUCAUUUUGGUGGGGCAUGGGAACGGGAAAUUAGAUCCAUCAAGGCCAGUCUCCAAGUCGCAGUAGGAGGGCAGUCAGUCACAGAAGAUGUCUUGCACACAACUCUAGUGGAAGUGGAGGGGAUACUGAACUCAAAUCCACUAGGGUACGUAUCAUCUGAUGUUUCUGAUCUGGACCCAAUCACCCCAAACAUCCUUCUCAUGGGGCGGCGGGAUUCUGCACUGCCGCAAGUAGUUUACGUCCCAGCUGUCAUGGGGCGGCGGAGAUGGCGCCAUUGUCAAACACUUGUGGAUCAGUUUUGGAUCCACUUCAUCCGCAGUUAUCUACCCACUUUGCAGACCAGGUCAAAAUGGCAGAGGUCGUCCGAAAACAUAACCAUCAACACUGUAGUUCUGAUGGUGGACCCUUCACUUCCAAGAGCACAGUGGCCCAUCGGCAGAGUGGUUAAGACCAUUCCGAGUCAAGAUGGACAGGUCAGGGCUGCUGAGGUUAUGGUCAAGAGUAAAGUCUACAUCAGACCGGUAGCUCGCUUGAUCCCACUUCCAAGUUUAGAGGAUGACAGUAAGGACACUUGAAGAAUUCCUGUAGUUACACAUUUGUUGUACAAAUGUGGGGGCGGCUGUUAAGAAUUCUCCAUGUUUAUCUAUGUUUUCAGAUACUUUAUUUUGAAGCAUUUCUUGACAGUGUCACUUCCGCUUCCUUCCUGUAGGGGUCACUUCCGCUUCCCUUUUGACGUGUGUUAAUGUGUGCUGACUUGUUUCUCUGCUACGUUUAAUCGGUGCUCUAGUCUUUGACGAUAUACUAACUAACUAAAGAAAUGAACCUAAACCAAUAUGCACC